UGUCCGGCACUAGCCGAUUCACAACCACGGAUGAGGGGCACUACCAGUGCCCCUCUCAACGGAGUAUGUUUUUUGAGAAUUCUCAAAAGGACGAGACCUGGUCCGCAUUACCACUCCGCCGGUUCACCUACCGUGAGCUGCAGCAGGCCACGCAGUGGUUCGGCCCGAGCCAGAUCCUGGGUCGCGGCAGCUUCGGCACGGUGUACCGAGGCUCGGUGGAGGAGUGGCUCGGCGAGGAAGAUGACAGGAAGGUUCCAGGGGAGGAGAGAGGAGGAGGAGGGAAAGCACAGAGGAACGAGGAAGAAAGAGCAGGGAGAGCAGGAAGAGCAGGGAGAGCAGGGAGAGCGGGUGGUGGUGCUUCAGGUGGUGGUGGUGGAGGUGGGACGCCACGUCAGCGUGACGUGGCAGUGAAGGUGCUACACAGCGGCAGUUUCAAGGCCGUAGAUGAGUGUAUGUCAGAGAUUAUAAUGCUUGGGAGUUUAAACCACCCUAAUCUGGUGCGGCUGCUAGGGUACUGUAUGGACUUGAAUCGGCCCCGGGGGGGUGCUGCUGCAUUGCUGGUGUAUGAGCUUAUAGAGAGGGGGAAUCUGCACACGUGGCUGUAUCCACGUCAGCAGGAGGAGCAGGAGGAGGAGGGGGAGGAGGAGGAGAGGAAGCGGAGGUGGGGGGGUAUGAGUGAGGCUGCUACAGACAACGCUGCUGCUAUAGAUGAUGCUGCUAUACGGGAUGCUGCUGCUACAGCUGCUGCAGCGGCUAGGGGUGUGUCUGGUGCUGCUGCCAGUGCCAUUGAUCCCGCCACGCCUGUGCUGACGUGGCAGCAGCGCGUGCGCAUAGCUGUGGACGUGGCAAGAGGGCUGGAGUACCUGCACGGGCAGAACGUGAUUCACAGGGACUUCAAGACGUGCAACAUUUUACUGGAUGAGCACCUGAAUGCGAAGCUGACGGAUUUCGGAAUGGCUACAGCAGGGCCCGAGGCGGGCAAGUCGCGCGCUCCUUCGCAUUCUGAUAUCUCUCCCUUUCUCUCAUCCUUUCUCCCCACUCCACAGCACAUGCGUGCGAAGCUGACGGAUUUCGGCAUGGCCACAGCAGGCCCCGAGGCGGGCAAUUCGCAGUGCCAGUUGCUCUCUGCAGCCUCUCACCGCCCUCUCACCCACUCUCACCCCUCUCGGCCUUUCUCCCCACUCCACAGCACAUGCUGGCAGUGCCUGAGCAAGUCGCUUGUCUACUCGCAUCACGGGGAUGCUGGGGCAUCACGGGGAUGCUGGGGCAUCACGGGGAUGCUGGGGCAUCACGUGGCUCUGGGGCAUCACGUGGCUCUGGGGCAUCACGUGGCUCUGGGGCAUCACGUGGCUCUGGGGCAUCACGUGGCUCUGGGGCAUCACGUGGCUCUGGGGCAUCACGUGGCUCUGGGGCAUCACGUGGCUCUGGGGCAUCACGUGGCUCUGGGGCAUCACGUGGCUCUGGGGCAUCACGGGGAUGCUGGGAUACUGCAGGCGCGCAGUGACGUCUACUCGCUAGGAGUAGUGCUGCUGGAGCGCGCAACAGGCAGGUCGCCUCAUGCCCAUAGUGACGUCUACUCGCUGGGAGAGGUCCUGCUGGAGCUGGCAACAGGCCAGUCGCCCAGUGCUGCUCACAACACCCCCCACUCAUUGCCCACCACCCCCCCACCACACACCCAACCCCCCAUAGGCCACCUCACAGCGCGCAGUGACGUGUACUCGCUGGGGGUGGUGCUGCUGGAGCUGGCAACAGGCAGUGACGUGUACUCGCUGGGGGUGGUGCUGGUGGAGCGCGCAACAGGCCGGUCGCCGGGUGCUGCUGCUCGCAACACCCACCACACUGAAGAGCACUGA